AUGCUCAACGACUAUGGCGUGAAAAUGGCGAGCACGGUGGACCUGCGUGUCCUCGCCGUUUCCAAGGACGCCGUUGCCUCGGCACUCUUGUACGAGGCCAUCCACAAGAACAAGGACCCGACCACGUCCGUGCCUUCUUCACCGUUCGACCCGGCUAUCGGCUUGAAGGUGCGCCUCUACAACGCCAGCCAUUCCGCCUGCGUGGCGGUAGGUCACGUGGUGUCCGACGCCACCGCGGAGGCCGCCCUUCGUCACUGGCAAAGUUCUGCCAAGCUACAAGGGGGUGACCCGGUAGAGGGGUCGCCGAUCUUGGCUGCGCCUGGGGCGGGGGCGGCGGGGGCGGCGCGGGCGGCGCGGGCGGCGUUGCCGCAGUUCAGGGCCUGCACCGAAUGCGGACACCACAAGGGUGCAUACCCUGCUAAACACCCUGGGAAUCGCCGUGGACAUAAGGCGAAAGGUUCAGCGCCCCAGCCCGACGUUGAACCGGCGAAAAAAUGUUUAGUGGACCAGAGCUUGCGGCGUCCAGAGUCGGACAAAGUCUGGAACCCUAAGCAAAGGAAGAGAACGUUUCUGCCCUGCCCGUGCGAUGUAUGCAAGGGCUCAUACGCACACGUGGAGGAUGGUGAUAGUUAGCCUGUACUGCCGGGUCGAAAAGAGCUGGACACACGUAAAAAAAAGUAAAUAUUUGCCUACCGGUUCGAAAGGCCGUUCGGUCAGUUAAGAGUGCACUAAUUGUACGGCAGUCGCCCAGAAUUUCGGAUGGUAAAGGAAACUAACAAACCGCCCACGAUUGAGACAUCAGAUACACCACGGCUGCCCAGGCGAUGUGUGUGUGUGUGUGUG